AUGUUGUCACUUGCGACUGCUAUACUUGCGAUCCUUUCCGCUGUUGUUGCGGCACCUCAGCCUCACAUUGAGGAGAGGCAAAAUAGCUUCAAUGCGAUCCAAAACUGGGCCAACGACUUUGCGGAUGUCACAUUUAAGAACAACGCGGGAGGCAACUUCAACGUCACGUGGGACAACAAUCCUGGCGGCAAUUUUGUGGUUGGCAAGGGAUACCGACCUGGUCGCGAUAUGCUUUUCAACUACACCGGGACCUUUAAAGUCAACGGCUGGGCGUACCUCGCGCUGCGCGCAGUACUGAUCAUCUUGUCUCAAAAAGUGGGCAAGCACAACCCUUCAGACAACGCAAGUGCCAACUACUUCGGCACGCUCGACAGCGACGGCGCGACAUACGAGAUCUGGCAAAAGGAGCGCACCAACGCACCGUCCAUCAUCGGCGAUAACACAGAUUUCCAGCAAUAUUGGUCCAUUCGCACCAAGAUGCAUUGCGGAGGCACCAUCAAUACAGGCAACCAUUUCCGUGCCUGGGAAGCUGCCGGUCUCAAGCUGGGGAAACAGAACUACAUGGUUAUGGGAAUCGAAGGCCAGCAGGGCAGUGGCGAGGCUGAUAUCACGAAGUGUCAGGAGGACGAGUACGAGGCCGACUUCGACAAGGGCAGCGGCUACCACAACGAGAGUAACGACGACCACUAG